UAAUUGGAGUUGGAACGCCUUCCAGGCCCUUUUGGCACCUACCUUCCACGGAACGGAUCCGGCCCAUACCGGUUUCGUUUCGAGUUCUUUCAUUCAUCUUUCUCCGACCGCGUUCCAUUCCAUUCCAUCAACAGAAACCUAGCUCCAGCAACAGCAAAUUACCACGAAAACAAAACUGGGACAAAUCCUCUGUUUUCUGCCAUCACUCCCAACCGCGGAAUCCACCGUCGUCUCCCGUUCCAAAACUCGACCACCUCAGUUGGCUUACCCACUCUGCAAGUACUUCCUAUUAUUCUUCCUCUUCUAUCGUUUGCUUAUACUCCCAUCACUCCCCCUCUUUAAGCACUGUGAUUUUUCUUUUUUCUACGGUUGGUAGAGUUUUUCCUCCCCCCGAAACUUUCCAAUUUCAAUACUUUACAGAGAACUUGGGGUCAUUGGUUGGCAGUUGUGGGCUUACACAUUUUGCUCAGCAUUCAAACUAGAGCCAGGAGUUAUUCUAUUUCACUCGCAAUUGCUUUCCUUGUAUCGACGCUUUAUGAAUCUUGUCUUACUGAGUUGCCCGAUUGCAGGGUUGGUGAGUUUUUCUGGCCCGGAUAGUCCACUACCAUGUCUGCCCAAUUGACCCCUCCCAAGAGGCCAAAUGAUCAGAAUGUUAAUGAAUCAAAUGGGAAAGGCAAGUUGCAGAAGACCCAGAAUUCCAAUGACCAAAAUUUGGGAUCUUCCCUUGGAAAUGUAUAUUUCAGAGUGGUGUGCUCGGCUUCCAAGGUCGACUGUCUAAUUGGGGAAGAUGGUGGGGCAAUAGCUCGAAUUAGCGAAGAAACGGGCUUGAACGUAAGAAUAGUUGAGGAUGCACCUGAAUGUGAUGAGAGGGUGGUUGUUGUUGAGAGUUCUCCUAAAGAGACAGAAGGAGGUGAAAGUGCACUGAGCAAGAAGGAAGAAGGUAAUAUGGAGGCUAAUGCAGCAGAAGAACAGAAAGAGGCCGUUAGUGUGGAUGACUCACAGUCUGUGAAUGGAGCUUCUGCUGUGAAGGCUUUACUGCUCAUCUUUGAAAGACUUGUUGAAGCGGAAACCAGUAAGGAUGGAGGAGAUGAGGGAAAGGGAAAGCUUCCUUCUUCAUUUGUUUUGAAGUUACUUGUGCUCUGCACUCAAGUUGGUUGCAUCUUGGGGAAGGGUGGCAGCAUGAUCAAGCUGAUGGCAAGUGAAAGUGGUGCACAGAUCAGGAUCCUUCCCCGGGAUAAACUUCCAACAUGUGCAUCGGCUCAAGAUGACGUGGUUCUGAUCACCGGAGAGAUUGAUGCUGUUAAGAGAGCUCUUCAUUCAGUUUCCAAGCAACUUUUGGGCAACACAGUUAAGGAUCACCAUCUGGAUUCUGCCACUUCAUUGGAUCAUUCUCAUCCAAGAGCAGAAGCUAAUCCACCUGCGCAUCGUUCUGUUAUUUCACGUGGAGCACUAUACCCUCCUGGACCUCCUGAACCUAUACUAACCUUCCGUAUACUAUGUCCUGAAGAGAAGGUAGGAGCUGUCAUUGGGAAAGGAGGAUAUAUAAUAAAGGGGCUCCAGCUAGAAACUGGUUGUGAGAUUAAAGUUAUGGAAUCUGUCCCUGACUGUGCAGACCGUUUGAUAAUUGUCUCUGGUUUAGUGGAUCCAAAUGGGAGGAUAUCAGCUGUACGAGAUGCUGUUCUUCGUGUACAUGCACGAAUAUUUAGGGGUGCACCUGAUAACCAAGAAACCAAGACUGUCGUAACCAGGCUUCUUGUUUCCUUAAAUCAAAUUGGUUGUCUACUUGCUAAAGGUGGUUCAAUCAUGGCUGAAAUGAGGAAGUCAACAGGGGCUUAUAUUCGUGUUCUACCAAAGGAUCAGAUUCCUAAAUGUGCUUCAGAAGGUGAAGAUGUUUUACAGAUAAAUGGGGUGUGUGAAACUGUACUGGAAGCACUUAUGCAGAUAACAACAAGAUUGCAGCAGCAUUUCUUCCUAGAUGAAUUUCCUUCUAAUGGCCACCCUUCUUCAAAUCCUGCAUUUUUUGAUCAUCCUCCUCCACCAUUUCCCCAAUAUCCAGGGAGGAGUGAACUCUCACCUCCAUUUCAUCUAUUCAAUGAUGGCAUAGGUGGCACCCCACCUCAACGUCUCGGUUUCCCUCCAACUGACAAUCAAUCUCCUUUCAUGCACAAUAUUCACAGACCUGGGAUGCUGCCACAUAUAUCUGAACGCAACCCAUGGGGUCCUCAGGGGCUCCCUGAAGGUGUUGCGCCAGUCGGCUUCCCAGACUUUCCUGUACCACCUCACAGAAGAUUGCCGGGUUUUGGAGGGAGCCAUGCCGCUAUAAUUACAAAUACUAAGCUCGAGGUUGUUGUUCCACGUUCCAUUGUCCCGAUAAUCUAUGGAGAGGAUGGAGCAUGCUUGAUGCAAAUCCGACAGAUUUCUGAAGCAAAAAUUACCAUCACUGACCCAAAGCCUGGAGCAAGAGAGACCAUUAUUAUCAUAUCUGGGACACCCGAACAGACGAAUGCUGCUCAAAGUCUUAUCCAAGCUUUUGUGAUGAGUGAACACGAGUCUGCUUGAGCACUCCAUUUCAACUUCCGUCAAUAGAAAAAGUGAGUAUGCCGCUAGAUGCUUUGCCGGUUCACUUAACAUUUUAGAGGAAUAGAGGGCACUGAGUGAGUAACAGAGGAAGAUGGCAUUAUGACUCUUAGAUUUAGGGAAUCCAGGUGUAGAAUUGCUGACUCUUUUUAGGGCUAGUGUUGCUACCUUCUGACUGAAGUAAUGCCUACCGAACUUAGCUUAGGUAAUGUGUGCCGUAGUUUCUAGGAUGUGUGUAUAGUGUUGUACUACUGCACACUUAGUACAAACUUGUGAGCUCAAGUUUCUCCCUUGAUAUUGUAAUUACAAUGAACCGUCAUUUCUCACAUAGCAAGGAAACAAUAGUCUUCUCAUUUCCCGUAAUACUUCUGUGAACAUAUGGUGUUAAUGGAGUAGGUUUAUCUUUGUAUUAAGUAGAAGCUCUGACAGAAAAAAGGGUACAAAGCGAU